CAUACAUAUGAGCGCGGACUCUUUGCGUUUCUCCUCAUAUCAAUUAAUGUCCAAGAUUCAAUUAGCAAAUUCAACUUCGGUCCGUUCUUGCUCGUGACCACUUUAUCAGAUCGACUAUUGAUUGUUCUUCCUUAUUGCUAAUAAUUUCUCGAUCAACUCGAAAAGUGCCAGCUUGUUAUCUAAUAAUUAGAUGAAGGAAGCAAGCUGCGGCAUCGCCAACAAUAUUGGGAUUGAUAACAAGAACCCUCUGAGCCUCAAGUCACUGAAUCACAUAUCGCUCCAGUGCCGAUCGGUGGAAGAUUCCGUUAAGUUCUAUCACAAGGUUCUUGGCUUCAUCCCGAUCAGACGCCCCGGUUCCUUCGAUUUCGAGGGUGCAUGGUUGUUCAAUUACGGUGUUGGGAUUCAUCUCAUUCAGUCUGAAGGGCUCGUGAAUUGCAGCACGAGAGCUGGACGGCACAUUAUCAAUCCAAAAGACGACCACUUCUCUUUUCUGUGCGAGAGCAUUGCUAUGGUGGAGAAGAAGCUGGAGGAGAUGAAGAUCGAGUAUGUGAAGGGAAGAGUCGAGGAAGGAGGGAUUAUAGUUGAGCAACUCUUUUUUCACGACCCAGAUGGGUCUAUGAUCGAGAUUUGCAACUGCGACAGCCUCCCUGUGGUCCCGCUAAUUACCCGGAACUCGAACUGAUCUGUUAUAUGUUAUAUUGCAACCUACGUGGGAGAACAACACCCCGACCAUUAUUGAUUAAUGAUUCUCUAUAAGGAACAACGUUGUCUUUUCUUAGGAUAAUUGUUAUUUCGUCUAUAGUCCUCCCAUUGUAUUGGUUUACCAGCUUUCAUUUAUUUGAUUCUUGUAUCAUGCAUUUUGUUUCAAUGCAAUUAGUUAUAUGGAUUCUUUUUUUUAAAAAAUAUAUAAAAUUAGUACCUAAUGAGAUCAAUAUUAACAUUAAAAUAAAUAAAAUAUUUUUAUAUAUGGAUAACCAUAUAUAUUUACUUAAUUUAUUGGUGAAAUUCAGUUAACUUCAUUCAUAUAUAUUCAAUAUAAUAUGUUUUCAUUGAUCAUAAAUUAUCAUUUAUA